AUGGAUGUUCGUCGUAGAACGGUCGGAGACCGCAUCUUGCCCAGCAUAAGCGAGGUUAAAUUAUGUGAUUGGAAUGGAGAUCUAAAGAGUGUUCCAGAUAUAGACAUUGCCGAUGUUUUUGUGCAUUUGAUUAACAUUGGUUGGGAUCAGAAUCGCCUUCAUUCAUACAAAGAAGACAGGGGCUAUCUAUUAUAUCAGAACAAUCAUGUUGACAGUGUUCGAGUGUGCUUAUUGGAUUCAGAAUAUUCUUAUAUUAUGUGUAACACAACACCAGAAACCCGUCAAUCUGAGUACCCUUACAGGACAUGGUUACUGGUCAAGGCUGAUGGCUGUAUCAUAUCAGGUGGCUGCUCCUGUGUUGCGGAUGAUGGUUCUUGCACGCACUGCACAGCCCUGUCAUUUUCUCUUGCAUUUUUUUGCGACCGCCAUAAGGACAGGCAUACCGAGGUGGGAACCGAUGUGAAGUGUGUUUGGGACAAGCCACGUAAGGAAAGCAAGCCUUGUCGUGUUAAGGAAAUUUGCAUCUCCCACAGGGAAGUUCCACUCAUACCAAACAAAGAGGACUACCAGCCAUGCCCUACUCUCACCAGUGACAUUAACAGAGAAGUCGAAAAAGAACUGUAUACAAUGUGUCAAGGUACGGGUGCUCUUCUAUUACACACAUUAGACCCCCAUUCAGAUGAGGAGGAAGAUCAUCAUGAAGAUCCGCCUGAUAUGAUAGCUGCUUUGACACACACAAUUAAGACUGGAGAAUCCUUGAUAGGUUAUUUAAGAAAUGUGUAUAACUCUGAUAUUAUUCAUGAAGUUGAGCAAAUACAGGUAUGGUAG